AAGCGCCUCCUUCAGAGCGUUGGGCUGGAUCGCGUGAGGAGUGUUAUGGUGCAGCAUCACGAGCAACCCGGACACCAUCACCACCACCACCACCACCACAAAGGCCACCACCAUCACCACCAUCCCCAUGAAAGCGAUUCCGAUCACCUAAAACACCUUUCACAGCCCCAGAAGUUUCCAGACACCCCCGACAACCACGACGGUGCCGUGGGAAAGAAAAGCGAGGAUCCAGAUAGUCGUCUAAACCUCUAUGACAAGAAAAGCACGGUGGCGGCGGUGGCUCAGGAGGUCGGCACCACAGUGACAUACAGAGCUCAGCACGCGGUGAAACAACAAGAUGGAAGCCAGGGGCGACCGUCAGGGGAACAAACGACCAGGAUCGGCGUCACUGAGAGCCAGACACAGGCAACCGCAAGCGGCGACGGCGAGCAUGACCACGAUCAGGAUCAUCCCCACGGCCACAGCCAGAACAGUUCAGAGUGUCUGAACGCCUCCUUCAUCCUCUCCUCGCACGGGAUGUCUCAGGAGGCCGGCGUCACGCUCAGAGACUUCAGCUUUCUUUGCCCCGCCCUCCUCAACCAGAUCGACGGAGGAGCGUGCGUGCUGCACGGAGACGCCUCGGCACACGGGGCGAGAGAGCACAAGCAUCACAAGCAUGCUCACGGUCACCAUGGAGACCACAACCACUCAGACCACGACCACAGUGAGCACAUGGGCGGCGAGAACAGCAGAAACAUCACCACGGCGUGGGUCGGCGGCUUCCUCUCCAUCACCAUCAUCAGCCUGCUGUCUCUGCUCGGCGUCGUCCUCAUCCCGCUCAUGAACAAAGUUUUCUUCAAGUUCCUCCUCAGCUUCCUGGUGGCGCUGGCCGUGGGCACGCUGAGCGGCGACGCCUUCCUGCACCUCAUCCCCCACUCUCAAGGAGGCCACCAUCACCACCACGAUGACGACGCAGCAAUGACGGGACACCACGACCACGAGCACGAGGAGAACCUGGACGCGGUGUGGAAGGGCCUGACGGCUCUGAGCGGCGUCUACUUCAUGUUUCUCAUCGAGCACUUCCUGACGCUCGGAAAGAUGUACAAGGAGAAGAAACAGAAGAUCCAGAAGAAGUGUGAUCAGAACGAGAACGCGGAUCCGGAGAAACAGCCGGCGCUGGAGGAGAACAGCGUGAAGCCGAGUGAAGAUGUGGAGACUAACGGCGCCAGCACGUUCGGCGACCACUCGAGCAGCCUGCACGGCAGCAGCGUGGCGGAGGAGGAGCAGGUGAUGCUGGCGCCGCAGGUGUCCGUCGUUUCGCCGCAGGCUUACGGCCGAGCGUCGGGGAGCGCCGCUAACUACACCGACGAGGACUGCGAGAACAAAUGCCACUCCCACUUCCAUGACACGGUCGGACAGACGGACAGCAGGCACCACCACCACCACGACUACCAUCACAUCCUGCACCACCACCACUCUCAGAACCACCACCCGCACAGCCACUCCCACUCCUACUCGGAGCAGCACUUCCAGGAGGCCGGAGUGGCCACGCUGGCCUGGAUGGUCAUCAUGGGAGAUGGACUGCACAACUUCAGCGACGGCCUCGCUAUCGGCGCUGCGUUCACUGAGGGUCUGUCCAGCGGUCUCAGCACGUCUGUGGCUGUUUUCUGCCACGAGCUGCCUCAUGAGCUGGGUGACUUCGCGGUGCUCCUGAAGGCCGGCAUGACGGUGCGUCAGGCCAUUCUUUACAACGUGCUGUCGGCCAUGAUGGCCUACCUGGGCAUGAUCACCGGGAUUUUGAUUGGACACUAUGCCGAGAACAUCUCCACGUGGAUAUUCGCCCUCACGGCCGGGCUCUUCAUGUACGUGGCCCUGGUGGACAUGGUAAGUGAGCAUUACCCUCCAGCCAAUCAAAAGGGAGCAUCCACUCUGACAUCCUGA